AAGAAGCGAUAAGGUGGGUCCACUUACCCCAUCCGCGAGAUAACUGAGAAGAAGCCGACCGGCAGAGAGAGCGAGGCGAGGUACUGGUGCGGGUGACCUUGUUCACGGAAAUGGCCGCAGCUUCAAUUGUCGACCUCCAUUUCGUGAAUCCUUUCCUUGCUAAAUCUUCACCUUGUCUUUCCAUUGACAGGUUGAAGAGGAGGGUCACCUUCCCUUCACUGUUUUCAUCGCCACCAUGUAGCCAAAGGCAUAUCCUCAUAUCCGCUCCCUUAGCCUCCGCUCUAACUCCAGUAACCGAACAAGUCGCCGAGAAUGCAGCUGAUGCUGCUACUGUUGGUAUGGAUGACGGAGGUAGGUUGUACGUGGGGAAUCUUCCCUAUUCUCUCACCUCCCCACAAUUAUCCGAAAUUUUUGGGGAAGCUGGGAACGUAGUGGCGGCGGAGGUGGUCUGCGAGAGGACGCCGGAACGGAGGAGUAGGGGUUUCGGCUUCGUGACCAUGGCGAGCACGGAAGAAGCAAACGAGGCCAUCAGAAUGUUCAAUGGGUCUCAGCUGCUUGGCCGGACAAUGAAGGUGAACUUCCCCGAGGUUCCUAGAGGAGGAGAAAGGGCUAUCAUGGGUCCGAGGAUCCGGAGAAGCAGCCGCGCAUUCGUGGACACGCCUCACAAGAUCUACGCUGGGAACCUGGCGUGGACGGUCACUUCUGAGGAUCUGAGAUCUGCCUUUGAGGCUCAGUCGGGCCUUGUGGGUGCCAAGGUGGUAUAUGAAAGGGACUCGGGCAAAUCUCGAGGAUAUGGCUUCGUAUCCUUCCAGUCUCCCGAGGACGCGGAGUCGGCUUUAGCCGCCAUGAACGGUGGGGAGCUGGAAGGAAGACUGCUUCGCCUGAAUUUAGCUAGCGAGAAAAUUAUACAAAUCUCACCCGAGGUGGUAGACAGCUCCAAUGACGCUUGAAUAAUGCAAACCAAAUGCGCGGACAUGGUGCCGGAAUGGGGACAAAUUAGGGCAAGAUGGUGCCCAAGUUUUGUGGAAAAAGAAAGCAUUUCAAGGCGGGGUUCGCGUCGAUUCUGCUGAAGCAGGUGCUUGUAUUUACCGGAACACUGUAAAGAGCUGCUGCUUGUAAACAGAGAGCUAUAAUAGGGAACCAAUGGAGUCUGUUCCAAAGGUAUCCGAAAUAUGGUUUCUUCGGAAGCAGAAUUAGAAUCUAAAAUAGCUGUAAGUCUGAUUAUGCAUAUGGAAUAAAAGUUUGUUUUCCUGAGGAAUA